AUGGACUCAACCGAUACCAAGGAACCGGAAUAUGCGACUCCCAUAUUCCCAGAACUUAGCGUUAUCCCCAAGGAGUUUUGCCACAAUCCGAGGCAGAUCAUUGAGGGGAGAUUACUUGAUCUCCAUAACGGCGGACCUGAUGAGAUGGUCUCGACAAGCGAUCUUCGUGACGUGUUUGUUGGCGACUUGAAAGAGUGGGUCACUUUCGAGAAGGAUGUGGCCCAGUUAUACUACAACCCUGCCGUGCAAAACGCAUUUGAUAGAUGCAACAAUGUUGCAGCUGGGCUGAAUCUAGUAGGUAUUCAGGCAUGGGAUCCCGAUUUUGCCGACCUCAGAAAUCAAAUCCAGAUAUCCGAUGAAUACGGGGUUCUUCCACUAUUCCAGCACGAUGCUGUUAGAAGGACCAAAGCCGCAGUCAGGCAACUAUUCGACUCAUAUAAUCCUGAAACAGAAGAUGCCAAGCCUCUCAAGAGCUUGCCACUGGCUGACAACAUCGGCAUUGGUAUUGCAAAGAUUGUGAAUAAGGGCUUUCGCUUCCGAUACAAGCCAUAUGUCUCGGUAAUGACCCCAGGAGACGGAGAUAACCAGGAGGAACGCAUGAUAGGAGAGAUGAAAUUCUUUACAACCUGUAACAUCUCAGGGCUUUGGUAUGAAGAUGACUCUUUGCAAGACUGUGGAACCAAACGCCAUAUAUUUGGGCAAGUGGCUCGGAAUAUGAAAGCACGCGGCCUACGAUUCGGCUUCGUGUCGACUUACCUUGAGACUGUAUUUCUGAAGGUUGUCAUUCAAUCGGACGGGCAACUGGCUUUACACUACUCGCAGCCAAUCAGGCAUACGCAAAGUGUUAUUGAGAGCAUUUCCACUCCAAACAAACUGGAGAAGAUAAGCGUUCGUCUAGCCAUUCUGUAUUUGAUUCGUCGAGUUUCCGGCGACGAUAAAUCAGAAUGGAGGAUUGAGCAAAGCACUCUUGAUAAGACUGUGGACUGGACGGAAGACAAAGCAUAUGUAGAAGAAGAAUCACAAGGGACUGAUGACGAAACCCCGAACACGCGGCCUCAGAUGCUUGCAACGCAGACUAGGGACAAGGCCAAUAUGUUUCCGGAUCAUGGCUCCCUCACCGAAGAGGAACCGGAUGAGCCAGAAUCGCCAUCCAUGGGGUUGUCUCGUACAUUGGAUCAUAUGUCCAUUGUCAGCCUGGCACCUCGGUUCACCUGUAAUCGCCACGAUCCAACCCCUGCGCAGGGCUGCGGCAGCGUCUCACGGUAUGAGAACACGAUUCAAGACUAA